AUGGAAGGUGUGAAGUUGGCCGAACAGGAGCAGACAUACUACGGGGAACUUUUCCAGAACUGUGAUAUCGAUGGGUCUGGUAAAGUGACCGGCUCUAAAGCAUCUGAUCUAUUUAGAUUGUCCGGACUGAGUCAAGAUGUCCUCUUACAGAUUUCUGAAUUGUGUGGUGCAAAAAGAUUGGGACAUUUUGGUCGUAGUCAAUUUUAUAUCGCAUUGAAACUAAUUGCUGCUGUUCAGUGUGGUCUCCCAGCCAAGUUGGACAGCCUCAAUUCUGGAAUGGAGAUUACUUUGCCCAAGUUUCAUCGAGCAAAUGGACAUGAUAAAUGGAAAAGUCAACAAAGCCCAACAGGCUGUAGUGCUGUGAUAACUGGAGAUUCUGAAGCUGCUCCUAUUUCAGACAAUGUGUGUCCAGUGACUAAUAACAGCAACAGCAAUGCCACCCCAACAUGUCGCACAGGGCCUCCUCCUGCCCUGUCACAACCAACUGGACAGCUACCGCCACCUCCGGCCACCAAAAAGUCCCACACACGCAACUUGUCAGGCCAGUACAGAAGCUUGCAAUCUGAUAACCCACCACAGUAUUCACAGCAGAGUCGGGAUGAAUCUCCUCAUGACAGCAAGUCCCCACCAUUUUCUCCAAAGCAAUCUCCUCCCACGUCUCCGAACCGAAUGAAGCUGGCCAACAUUGGCAAACAGCAAACAGCUCCAGCUGCUGUCAACACAAGCAUGAUCAGCAGUUCUAGUGCUGGUACAGCAGCAUGCACUGGGGUUAAUGCUGCUGCUGCUGCGGCUGCUGUUGGACAAGUCACACCUGUCGUAGCAGCAGGCUACCCAGCAUUGCCUUCUCAACCCACAGCUUCCGCCACCACUACUCCUGGAGGCAGUACAGCUGGUGCCAUUGCCCCUGGAGGUUCAGUGGUUCCUGGAAGUGGUGUGGCAGGCCCAGUACCAGGUUUGAUCCAAGCACCAGUGCCCUUGUCUGCAUCUGCAUAUACUAACUCAGUGCAUGAUGUUGCAGGUUGGGCAUCAUUUGAAGAUGAAGAAAGCAAAGGUUUACUUGAUACUGGGGCUACCAAAACAUCGUGGGAAAAUCUGGAAAGUCAAUGUGUAGACUCUUCUUCUAUCAGUUCUGAAGCAGAAAGUGUAGAUGAUGUGUGGACUAUAUCAAAAGAACAGCGGGAAUAUUAUGUAAAGCAAUUUAAAACAAUGCAGGCAGAAUUGAAUGGAGUCAUAUUAGGCAGUAUUGCAAAAGAAUUUUUUGAAAAAUCCAAAUUGCCUGUUCAUGAACUUUCAAAAAUUUGGCAACUGUCAGAUCUAAAUCGAGAUGGGGCAUUGUCUCUUGAUGAAUUCUGCAUUGCAAUGCACUUAGUGGUACUUCGCCGAAAUGACAUUGAACUUCCUGACCACUUACCUGUAUCACUCAUGCCCUAUUCCACUUUGACCAACGGUAAAAAUGAGCCGUUUGCAGCAGACCUGCCCCCUGGAAGUACUUUGAAAAGAUUAACACCUACAUCACCCCCCAGUAACCAGUGGACACGGACAUCUUUUCCUGUUGAGUCCCCCACCUCCAGUGGCUUGUCAUCUCCAGCUCCCAAGCCAGUCAAUUUUGAAUUCUCCAAGCCUGUAGCAACAGAUCCUGACUCCAAGAUUGUUCAUCCUGUUGCAUUACGAAUGUCUCCAGAUGGUCAUCCAAUACCUCCAGAAAUAAUUGAUCGGAGUAACUGGACAGCAGCGGCUACGGCAACAGAUCUGUCUGCUGGUUAUUGUAACACUGUACAACAAGUAGUGUGUGGUGACCAGCACGAUGCCUCUUCAGUGGCGGUCAGUCCAUCAUCCAAACAACCACAGCGAAUGUCAUACGGCGUUGAGCCAUCAUCGCUUAAUGAUUUGUCUGCUGCAAUCCCAACUGACCAUUCCUCACCCAUGUCUCCCAAAUCGGCCCUCCCAUCAGUCAGCGCCUCCCUGCACGGCCGCCCUAGACCUGUGCCAACCAAGAAAACUGCCCCAGUUGCUGGACCUGGGCACCUGCAGCCCCCUCCAGCCCCUGUCACAGGUGGUGGGGAAGUGAUGACCAACAGUAGUGGCCCUGAAAAGGGGCCAACAGGGACCAUGGCUACUGUCAACACAACAGCUGCUCCGACCACAGUCCAGCCAACGGCAACCCCUGACACUCCAGCCACUGCGGGAGCACAAAUUGGACCCCCCAGACUUCCCCCACGACCCAUCCACCAGUCACAUGGACGAAGUGUUUCUGUCGACCUUAAGCUCAAAAGUGAUGUGGGCGCCUCAGUAUUGUUACCACCUCCAGCAGUGCCCCCUCGGAUAUCUCCCAAAGAUGUCCCUAGAAAAGGCGAGCAUUUAUUACCUGGUUUUGGUGGUAUGCAAGCUGAAAAGAUCUUCCGAUUUACUGACUUUACAACUGGAGAAUUCGACUCCACUGAGUCCCUGAAUCUUGGGGACUCUGCAUCCAAUGUGUCCCAUAUUGAGCUGCAGGCUCCCAUGGUUGAGAAACAUCGCCGAUGUGCUUCACUUGACUUGCGACAGACUGGGGGUUUGCCUCCCAUUGCACCACAUGCAGAUACAGAUGUUGUUGAUAAUUCUGUUCUCUCAGCAGCAGCAGCAACAACAAAGGUGCUUCCAGAAGAUACAAAAUCUGAAGAUGACGAAAAUAGUAAUGAUCGUCAGAAAUCUUUGUAUUACGGCAGACAACCAAGCCGUGAUAAACGGGAGUUGCAGUUGGCCAUCAACACUCACAAAGAGAGGAACGGGAUGCUGGAACGUGUCAACAGUGAAUUGAACCAGGAACUCCAGGAGGUCAUGGAGCAGCGGAUUGCUCUGGAGAUCCAGCUGGAGCACCUGAGGCCCUACCACAGCUGA